AUGGAUUUGAUCUUUGAACCUCAGAGGGGCACGCAGUUCACCAUUGAAAUUGGAUACUUCGACACCGUGCAAGAGAUCAAAGAAAAAGUUCAGAAAUAUCAAGGCAUUCCCGCCUCUACUCAAACCCUAGUCUUCAACGGCAACAUCCUCCAAGACGAUCUCAACGUCCACUCCUCCGAAAUCCUCGAUCGCUCCCACGUCCAGCUCCUCGUCGCCGCCUCCGAUUCCGAUUCCGACAAGCAUACCGCCGCCGCCGCCACCGGCAAUGCCGAAGAACCACCGCCACUACCGCCGUCAUCGCCGCCGCCUCCGGAUCGUAAAUCUAUCCUGAUCUUCUUAAAAAUACUCGGAGCCAACAAACAAGGCGUUUCUCUGGAAGUUGAAGUCACCGAUACGAUCCGGAAAUUGAAAGAGAAGAUCGAAGAAGCGGACGGAAUUCCGGUGAGUAGAAUAACGGUUUACGCGAACGGAUCUGAGCUGUUAGACGAUCGGACGCUACACGACUACGAACUCUCCGAUCACUCCGAAGUGGAGGUGAGCUUUAAGCCAUUGCCGGCGACUACAACGACCUCGUCCGCAUCCUCCGGGAACACGAACAGUUCGAAGAAGCUUCGUAUAACGGUGCUGUCGCAAUGCGAAACGAAGAAGAUUCCGGUGGAGAUGAACCCGUCGGAAAACGUAGGGGAGUUGAGGAAAGAGCUUGAGAGAUUGAAGGAGCAAUGGCAACUGGAGCUCCCGGACGAUGGCUACUUCUUCAUAUACAAGCAGAACGUGAUGGACGAUGAUCGGUCUUUUAGAUGGCACAAUGUUGGUCAAGGUGAGACCAUUGAGAUCUUUAAUGGUAGCGUCACUGGUGGAGGUUGA